UACUGUAUACACCAAACAUGGCGGACACAUUCUGCGAGGAUUGUAAACAUGUUGGCUUGGUGAGGCGAGGACUCGGCUUACAUUGAACGUCUGCUGAAACUGUUCUAACGGUUAUUUCUGUACAUUCCAAGUGGUUUUUUAAACUUUCGGUUGGACUUCUUCCGUGGAAUAUAAAAUAAUUAAAAUAAGAAAAAAGUGUUGGAUUUCCUUCAGUCAUUCUUGUAACAAGAAUCUGGUGUAGCUUAGGGACGUUUCUAAACUUCCUUAUAUCAGUCCUUCAGUUAAAAUUAAAUAUUGAAAGCAAAACCUUUUAACAAGAUCUAGUUUAAAAUACAGUUUUGUUAUAGUGUAAAGUUAAGAAGAAACACAUUUAAAAACUAAAUGUGUAGACUUUAAGAGGACGAUUUGAAGUUUAACAUUCAACAUUGUGACCAGGUGUGUUGUUUACAAGACGCCGAGCUAGGGUCGACUCGCUCGUGUAGUGUGUUGGGUGGCCGGAUCUGAAAAUGUCCGUCAAAGUCGGAGGGUCAGUGAUCGCCAACAAUGAGAGAAAACAAAGUCAGAAAUCUAUGGGCAGUAACGACAGCCUGGCACCAAAAGUGGCCAUCGUAGAAUCUUAUGGCGAUGACCAGUCUUACAGGUACUCCUUCACCUACGAGAAAGCCACCUUGUAUGAGUUCAAGUAUGAAAAAGCCCCCCAGCCCGCGGCCACUGACCCGUGUCACAGGUGCAACAGACGGGUGUUACCCCAGGACAAGGUGGAUGUUGGUGUACUCUUCCACAAGCAGUGCUUCCGGUGCAGGAUCUGCGGCCUCCCCCUGACCAUCCAGACCUUCCAUCGGAACGAUGCCAACGACGGGGACCGGGAGAUCUACUGCCGGACACACGUCGGGAAAAACGUCUCGCAGAUCAAGAGCGGAGAGGUCCCGCCCAUGGGCAUUGAGGGCCCGUCCACCGGCCCGGGCAAGAGAUACAUCUUUCAGGUGACAGGCACAGCGACACGCCCACUUCCUGCCACACCUGUCAAGCCCCAGCCCAUUAAAGGUCCUGGUCCCAGUCCUGGUGGGGACAGUUUGGCCAGCCUGACCCCAGGCAACCUGAAUGACACGUCGGCAUGGACGACCCAGUCUUCACCUAAUGCAUCCAUGGACCAAACCUACGAGAAUUAUCGUCCAAACCAGUAUCAGCAGCAGCGCCAGCAACCAGCCAAACCCUCCCCCCAUCCCAAGUCUGUACUAGUUAGCUACGAUGACUUUGAAAAUGCUGGAAUCUUUGAUGGCCAACUUAUGCUGGAGCAGAGACACAGGGAGGAGGAGGAGAGACUACUCCGGUUUCUCCUGGAGGAGAGAGAGAAAGAGUUGAAGAGGUUGGAUGACGCUGUGGAGAACGAGAAAGAGAAAGCUGCGGAUGAUCUGCUGUCAUCCCUGGAGAAUCUGUCCAUCAACAGCGUCCCUCGGAGUUUGGUGGACGAGAGGGACAGGAUUGAGGAACACUUCAGGAAUCUGAAGGAAGAAAGACUUAAAAGUGUCACUGAAAAAAUUGCCACGGAAGAAAAAACACGAAAUGGCAAAAUGAUAGACAGACACUGCCAGGAGAUGAUGAUGUUGAUAGGUGAGAAGGACAGGGAGAUGGACAGGAUGUGCCUGUUUGACCACUCCAUGAAGCCACCGCCUGAGCCCCCAGAGGGCAAGAAAAGUUCCCUCUACAAAACUCCAGCAGUCUUUGAGGCUUUAGACCUCAGGGCCAUUGAUCUUGCUAACAAAGACUAUGGCACCAUGACUGAUCUAGUGCGUGACCUCACUAGAACCUGCAAGUCUGAACUAGAGAAAGCUAGAGUCCUGUUCAGAUGGGUGAUUGCCAAAGACAUCAACAAACAGUCUGUGAACGAGAUCGUCAGACCUCACGCCAUAGACAGGCUGCUGAAGGGGGUCAAGAGUGGGAAGGAGACAUAUCACCAGCUGUACAAGAAGCUCUGCAGCUACGCCGGCCUGCACUGUGAGAUAGUUCUAGGCUACUCCAAGGGGGCGGGCUACAAGCCUGGCAUGAGGAUGGAUGGUCAGACGUUCCGGAACUCUUGGACUGUGGUCAACAUAGACGGCAGCUGGCGAUUGGUCAACUGUACCUGGGCAGCCAGACAUGUGACUGGACACAAGGACAAUCUCCCCCAGAUGUACCACAAGUAUGACGAGUUCUACUUCCUGACUGACCCCGAGGACCACAUCUACCAGCACUACCCUGACGACCCCUACUGGCAGCUCCUGGAGAUUCCCCUCCCCUUCUCAGAAUUCUUGAAUCUGCCUGUGGUCAAAUCUCCCUUCUUCAACUACGGCCUCAGGUUUUAUUCCAACUACGGCGCCACGGUCACCACUGACACCGGCAUGGUGGAAAUUCGACUUCUGACACCAAAAGUUCUGGGAUUCGGUUCAAUGCUGGAACCGGUUAACCGUCAGCCGAGUGAACCGAAGCAACUGGAGGGUAGAACCCUGCUGAGGUUUGUCAAAAACGAGGCCAUCUUCACCAUAGCGCUGCCCGCCCCAGGACUCUACUACUUCUCCAUCUACACGGGAGACUACUGGAAGUCUGAAUGUUUGGAGAGCGCCUGCACCUUCCUGCUUCAGUGUACCAACAUGAAAGGCCGACCGUCACCCCCGUACCCCCCUGUGCCAUUCUUCGGCCCCACGCCUGUCAUGGAAAACCUUGGCAUCACAGCAGACUCUAACAUCGACCCUCUGGUCGUCUGUAACAACGACUUCAUUGAGAUAAACUUCCUGUUGAGUCGAGACAUCCGCUUGACCCACACAUUCCAAUACUUUGACGUCAAUGAUGGCUCCAUCACGGACAUUGACCGAUAUGUUUUUCUUCGCUCUCGUAAUGACGCUGGUGCUAAUUAUCUGAUCCGCUGCCAUAAAGCCGGCUUCUACAUCUUCUCCCUGUACGCAGCAGACCUGACUGGGGAGUCCCAGUCCUUAGACUGCGCCUUCCGUUACCUGAUCAUCUGCCAAGAGCCGAGCCCCACGGUGGCCAUGUUCCCCAAGACGUACCAGAAGUGGCAUCGUUGUGCUCUGUACGAGCCUCUGACUGGGGACCUCAACACGGACAAGAGGGUCAUGUUCCGCAUGGACAUCCCGCAGGCGCUGGAGGUCUUUGUGGUCAUCAACGAGAUCUGGCACCACCUCAAGCACAAGGUGGGCUGUGCUUGGGAGGGGCAGAUCAACACAGGCCCCAUCCCCGGGGUGGCUAAAGUCUACGCCAGAUUUCAGGGGGCGACUAAAGACCAAUCCAUUUUUUCACAGAUGUUGGAUUAUGAGAUUGUUGAAGAUGCAGAAACAGAGAUAUAAAAAUAGUUUUUAAAAAUUGCAUUUACAAAAUUUAUAAAUGAAAACAAAAAUACUUUCUAAACAUCUUUUAUUUCAUUGAAGUUUAAAAACUUCCUUUUAUAAAAUGUCACCAUACAUUUUCUUUUUAAAAUUUCCAUUAGUGUUUGUUUUAAAACAAUGAACUUAAAAAAUUUAUUAUUGAAAUCAAUUGUGGACUUGUACUUUGUGUUUAUCUGAGGUGGGGAGGGUGAGUGGAGGGUUAAACUUGCAUGAAAUGUUUGUACUACUAACAUUGGCAUCAUUCUUGAAAUGUGUACAGCACCUAGCAUGUAACUCAAUAUAAUGUUAAAACAAUGUCAUUUAUCUUACUGGAUGUAAGGCAAACUGGAACCAAUAUCCACUGGAUGUAAGGCCAACUAAAAUCCUUAUCCAUGACUUUAAUUUAUUUAUUUGCCUGUUGACAUAUCAAUUAGUGUAAGUCCUGUAGCACCAAUAACCCUGAUGUAUUCACCACUAAGUUUCAUUUUUGUCGUUCUUAUCUGCCUUGUGUUUAGCACAUAACAACAUCUGUUCCUGUCCUACUCAUAUAGUUAGCUCAUUAACAAAUCUCCUCUAAUAGCCUUGUCUAAUUUAUCCUAGUAGUUAGAUGACACUAGCUUAUUGUUUGUCUAAUUUAUCCUAGUAGUUAGACCACACUAGCUUAUUGUUUGUCUAAUUUAUCCUAGUAGUUAGAUCACACUAGCUUAUUGUUUGAUUUGUGAAAGAUCUAAUCUGAUGAAUUCGUUAACUGAACUCACUGUUGAAGAUUUUUAUUGUGUUUUGUUUUUUUAAUUUUGGUUUGAAUCUCAACUAACAUUUUUUUUCUCUGUAAUUAAUUUUUUUUUGUUUUGAUGUAAAAUAGUGUGUCAAUUGUAUACAAUUGAUUUUUGUGUUAAAUAGUUUUUAGAUUGUAUACAAUUAAUUUUUGUGUUAAAUAGUUCGUCGAUUGUAUAAAAUUUAUUUUUAUGUUAAAUAGAUUUUAAAUUGUAUAGAAUAUAUUUUGUGUUAAAUAGUUUGUAGAUUAUAUAAAAUUUAUUUUGUGUUUAACAGUUUGUAGAUUGUAUAAAAUUUAAACUAUAGGUCGUGCUACUAACAACAUUUAUAAUUUGUUUUUCUAAUUCACUAUUAAGUUGCACUUAGCUUAAUGAUGGAUAAAGUGUUAACACUUUACCACCAAAAAAUAUUUGUCCCAAAGCAUUGCUUUAUUUGAAAAAACCUAGUUAAGCUGUAAGCUAAUUAUAUUUUAUUGGGUUGUGGUUGGUUUCAACUAUGGGAGUGUCAAACUUUCAUUUACUCAUUUGUGCUGGUUGUAAUGUUUUUUUUCCUGUGGCAUUAAAAAGUCUCUGGUGAAGAUUUUUAUUUACCUGAUAUUUUUGCUGAAGCUGUUGAAAAUAUUUUCAUUGAGUGGCAUGUGAUCCCUUUAAUUUUGUCUGUUGUUUUGUUUCACGAAAAAAUCUCAUCCAACUUUUGCUCAUUUCUCUUCUGUGAUCCUGGUCUCACUUGAUUUUCUCCCUUCAUUUUUCUUUUAGCUGGAACAAAUUUCAGUGUAAGAAAUAUCAGACGGCUUUUCUUAAAAAUUAGCAGACGGCUUUCUUUUCUAAGGAAAUACCCAUUUUAUUUCUUAUGGAUCAAAAAAUACCGAUGAUGCUUGCGAUGUUUUUAUCCUUAAAUUUGUUGUUUAAACUGAUCAAAUGAAUUGGAUAAAGUAUCCAUCACCCAUCUUGUUGUUGUGGAUUACCCAUGUGCCUUGCUUUUAUUGUUGAAGUUACAAAAUGUUUUUUUAAUAUUUCCUUUUGGUAUCAUUUUGUCAAUGUCAGAUCCUGAGAUAGUGCACUUUUCUUGGUCUAGUGGUGGAGAUAGCUACUACUUAAAUAACAUUAGAUCAGGCUCACCCUGUUAAGUGAUUUUUAUUUUGAUCAUCAUCUGCAUGAAACAACUGCCCUAUGUAAGUGGGGGGAGGUGGCGGGGGGGGGGAGUGGUGUUUUUUAAAACAAGGGAUAAAUUUAAAAUGAUUACAUUUAUUUUAUUUCUACAACUUUUCUACAGUGAUGGUUUCAAUAAUUUUUUAUUUGUUUGUGCGAACUAUUAAUAAUAUUAUUAUCCCUUUUUGCUGCCAUAUGUAACAUACCAUGGCAAUUUUACUUUACAAAAUCCAGCUGUUUUGUACACAUUUCUGUGUAAUCAGUACAUUAAAUAUCAAUGUUAUUACUUGUGUUAAACAGUAGUACAUGUUGUCAUUGUAAGGACACCACGUUAAGUAGAUGUGUAUCAUAGUGUAGGAUUGAUGGAUGUCUACAGUCUCUGUGUUGGCAGGGUGUAACCUGAGGCCUAACAUGACUUAGGCCUGCGGGUGUAGCCUGAGGCCUAACAUGACCUAGGCCUACAGGUGUAGCCUGAGGCCUAUCAUGACCUAGGCCUGUGGGUGUAGCCUGAGGCCUCACAUGAGAAGGUUGUUGUCCCCCAUCAGUAUGCUGUUGUAAAGUUGAAAGACUUGCUACCACACUUAAAGUAGUUUUACAUGUCAUUAUUGGCUACCAUUAAAACCUCAACCAUUGUA